GUCUCUGGCGUCACCGGUGCCGUAAAGCAGGAGUGAAACAUGUCUUCCGUGCACAAGUUGCAGAAGUGCGCUGUCUCUCCAACUGGAAAACAUUCGGCAUCAAUAAUGUUUCUACACGGCUCAGGAGACACAGGGCUGGGGCUGAGAGCGUGGGUGAGGGAUGUGUCCACACCAGACUUCACCUUCCCUCACAUCAAAGUCAUCUACCCCACAGCUCCCGCCAGACCCUACACACCCAUGCGUGGGGCCUUGUCUCAUGUGUGGUUCGACCGGCACCAGAUCUCCCCAGAGUGUCCGGAGCACCUGGAGUCUGUGGAAGCUGCGAGCGCCUCCCUGUCUGCCGUCAUCCAGGACGAGGUCCGGGCAGGGGUGCCCCGGCAGCGCAUGAUCAUUGGGGGGUUCUCCAUGGGCGGGGCCAUGGCCCUCCACCUGGCCUGUCGCCACCACCCCGACGUAGCGGGCGUCUUCGCACUCUCCAGCUUCCUCAACAAGGACUCUGUUGUAUACCAGGCUGUGCAGGAGCGUGCUGGGGUGGGCAGGUGUGUACCAGAGCUGUUCCAGUGCCACGGCUCAGCUGACCAGCUGGUCCUGCCCCGCUGGGGGAAGGACACUGCCAGGCUGCUGCAGGGGGCUGGCCUCCCCUCUUCCUUUCACUCUUUUCCCGGCCUCCACCACCAGCUGGCCCCUGCUGAGAUGGAGCUGCUGCGCUCCUGGGUCCUCUCCAAGCUGCCCCUGGACUGACUCUGCCUCCACCGACUGCCCACUAGCCCAGGAAACAGGCCUCCCUUUCCAAACACACCACACAUCCCUCCCAGACUGGAACUGCUUGUGCUGAUAAACCGUCAAUAAACCUGAGUUGUGUCAGA